AUGCUACCUUUUAUUAACACUACAGCUUCUCUCACCUUCCUUCUCACUGGUGUUCCGGGACUGGAAGCCUUCCACACCUGGAUCUCUAUUCCUUUUUGUUGUCUCUAUGCAACUGCCCUUUCAGGGAAUAGUAUGAUCCUCUUUGUCAUCAUCACUGAACCAAGCCUCCAUGAGCCCAUGUACUAUUUUCUCUCCAUGUUGUCCACCACAGACCUGGGUUUGUCUCUCUCUACUUUGGUCACCAUGCUAGGCAUAUUCUGGUUCAAUGCCAGAGAGAUCAGCUUUAAUGCCUGCCUGGCUCAGAUGUUCUUCAUUCAACUCUUCACUGUCAUGGAGUCCUCUGUACUCUUGGCCAUGGCCUUUGAUCGCUUUGUGGCCAUUUCUAAUCCCCUGCGAUAUGGCACCAUUUUAACAGAAUCCAGAAUUGCUCAGAUUGGAGUGGCGAUUGUCACACGGGGGACGGUGAUACUUACCCCGAUGGUUCUUCUACUUAAACGCCUGUCCUAUUGCGGCAGUCAUGUGCUCCAUCACUCCUACUGCUUCCACCCAGAUGUGAUGAAGCUUUCAUGUACAGACACCAAAGUUAACAGUGCGGUCGGGCUAGCUGCUUUGAUUAGCACUGCUGGAGUAGAUUCCAUCUUUAUCCUCCUCUCCUACCUAUUGAUCAUUAAGACUGUCCUCGGCAUUGCCUCUCCAGUGGAGCGACAAAAGGCUUUCAGCACUUGCAUCUCCCACAUUGGAGCCGUAGCUAUCUUUUAUAUCCCUCUCAUCAGUUUGUCCUUUGUGCACAGAUUUGGGAAGCGAGCUCCUCCCUAUGUGCAUACGCUCAUUGCAAAUGCUUACCUGCUCAUACCUCCCGUGAUGAAUCCAAUCAUCUAUAGUGUGAAGACCAAGCAAAUCCGCAAAGCAGUGCUCAAAGUUUUGCUUCCCAAGAGAUCCUAG